AUGUGGCGGAGAACAUACCUGUUUCUGGUGUUGAUCCGGCUGUGGUUUGCGCUGUCGCCCAGCUACCUUCACCCCGACGAGAAUUUCCAAGGCCCAGAGGUCAUUGCAGGCCAAAUCUUUAGCUACCCGGUCCGACACACCUGGGAAUUUACAAACGACCACCCGAUACGAAGCGUCUUCCCGUUAUGGCCUGUGUAUGGCCUGCCUAUGCUGCUGCUGCGAUGGCUGUGGAUUGGCAACGGCAAGGACGGAGAGAUCCCUCCCAUCGCAGUCUUUUGGACACUGCGAGUGCUCAUGUUUGUUACUAGCUUCGUGCUGGAGGACUGGGCCAUUCAUGAGCUCAUCAGCUCCCCACGCCACCGUCGCGUUGCUGUGCUUCUGGUUGCCUCGUCCUAUGUCACUUGGACCUACCAAACACACACCUUCUCGAACUCGGUUGAAUGUCUGGUUGUUGCAUGGUGCUUGGUCUUGAUCCAGCGCAUUGUCGAGAGUCCGCAACAAUCAUCACUUCUUGCUUCUUCGAUUCUCGGCAUAGUGGCCGUAUUUGGAUUGUUCAAUAGGAUUACUUUCCCGGCAUUCUUGUUGAUUCCUGGAUUCCGCUUGAUACCCCAUUUUAUCAAUCGGCCCCUUUCUUUCACCGUCAUGGUGCUGGCCGCUCUCACAACCACCUUGGUCGCCAUCACCCUGGAUACGGCAUUUUACCUCCCCGAGCCCAUAAAGUGGACAGACCUUGUCACCCGACCAGUCAUCACGCCACUCAACAACCUCCUCUACAACAUUGACUCAGACAACCUUGCACAGCAUGGCCUGCACCCCUGGUACCAGCACCUGCUCGUCAAUAUCCCCAUGCUGAUCGGCCCGGCGGCGGUUCUGCUCUUCACUCAGCCGCACGUAUCGCUUCGACUCUACUCGGCCAUCUCGGGCGUCUUUGUGUUGUCUAUCUUCCAGCACCAAGAAGCCCGGUUCCUGUUGCCGACUGUCCCGCUCAUUCUUUCGUCAGUCCACGUGCCCAGAAGCCGCACCCUUCUCCGAGUAUGGGUCGGCGCCUGGAUUCUCUUCAACAUUUUCUUUGGUAUCCUGAUGGGCGUUUACCACCAGGGCGGCAUAGUGCCGGGCCAGGUCUUUUUGAGCAAGCAGCCGGAUGCGACGCAAGCCGUUUGGUGGAAGACUUACACGCCACCCAUAUGGUUACUGAAUGGCAAGAACGAGGUCCUCACCACACGCGAUGUUAUGGGCAUGAAGGGCGACGCGCUCCUCGAGGAGCUCACCAAGCUCGCGACGUGCGAUACCCCCGCCGAUCGACGCAACUCGGAAUAUCUGAAGGAGAAGAACGGCACGUACCUGAUGGCGCCGGCUUCGGCGACGUGGAUCGACCCCUACCUCUCCAACAAGGGUCUCAAGGGCCUGCGGUUCCGUGAGGUUUGGCGAUACAGACAACACCUGAACCUCGACGAUCUUGAUUUCGGCGACGACGGCAUCUGGAACACCUUGGCGCGGGUGGUUGGCAGACGCGGUCUCGUCGCCUGGCGGGUGACGAAGAGCUGCAAAUGA